AACGAAGGAAGACGUUCUGUUGGAACAUACGGGCACGAAGCUACAGGGUGAUUGCGGAGAAGGAAGAGAUCUUUGUCCGGAGGCGCCGCCAGACCUCAUCCUUGCCUUAGUUUUAGACGCCGGCGCCGUAGAGCCCGUUCCCCCUCACGCGGCCAGCGACCAUGUCGAGUGGCCUGAACAUGUCCCUAGAUGACCUCAUCAAGCAAUCCAAGUCCAGGCCCAAAGCCAACCCCGCCUUCUCUUCCGGGCCCACCCGCCGGGCGGCGCCGUCCGCCCGGACCAUGCCCUACCCGCCGUCUGCUCCCAAGGCCGCCACCGCCGACUCUCUGUACGGUGUCUACUCCGAGCACGUUGCCGCCAUGGCAACCUCCCCGCCACCGCCGGCGGUGGCCGGGCCACAGGCACUCGAGACGGGCACGAAGCUGCACAUCUCCAACCUCGACUCCAGCGUCACCGUCGAGGACGUCCAGGAACUCUUUUCAGAGAUUGGUGAGCUCAAACGUUAUUCUGUUAACUACGAUAAGGAUGGGAAGUCUCAGGGAAGUGCGGAAGUUGUCUUUGCAAGAAAAGUAGAUGCUUUGGAUGCUAUUGAGAGAUAUAAUGGUGUUCUGCUUGAUGGGAAGCCAAUGAAGAUAGAGCUCAUUGGAAAUAAGACCGAGCCACACCCAACAGAACCUUUGAUGUACAACGGCACUUCUUCUAACUACAAUGCAAUGCCAAACAGGCCUUUUUACAGCACACGUUCAUUAGUUUGGUACUCCUUUUGCAGUCUGCUUCAGAGAGGUGGCCCGAGAGGGCCAUUUCAUGGUAAUGGUCGUUCUGGAGGCAGUGGUCAGGGCGGUGCUGGCAAAAGAGGAAUGUUUCAAGGCAACGUUCGUCCUGGAAACACUGUCCAGGACGGUGGUGGGCGGGGACAGGGUAGAGCCAGGGGGCAUGAUCGCAGCCGAGUUCCGACCUCUGCUGCGGAUCUUGAUGCUGAACUGGAGCAGUAUCAUGCAGCAGCAGUGAAGCAAAAAUGAGGCUCUGAUGUAUAUUUUAUACUCCCUCCUUCCAUAUAUAAGUGACGUAGUUUUAGUCCAAAUUUAAACUAAAACCACGUCACUUAUUUAUGAACUGAGGGAGUAUAUACAUAGACUGUUGCAUUAUUAGUUUUCUGCUUUUAGUCGUCAGGUACCAUGUUGAGAAAAGUUGGAAGGCAUUAAUUCGACAUUUACAUCUGCUGCGCUUUUUAUAUCCCUACUCCGAGUGCUGGAUAUAUUGUAUUACCUAAUUUUGAAACAUGGGUGUUCUCUUGGGGUUUAUUUGGAUAGUAAGAUUACAAAGAACUAGUUCUUGUUAAA